UGCCCACUCCUGGUCUAGUCACUAACUACAAGACCUUUGUUUUAGUGUGAUCUUCAAGGACACAAAGGCUGUAAAUAACGUGUUUUCAGUCACGCAUCAAUGACACUCAGUUCUACAUAUCUCUACUGCCACCUCUUCCAUCUCGCCGGUCAAGUUACAAAUCCCUCAGUGCCACAAAGUACCUCAUCCAGCCAUACAACACAACUGAGAAAUCCUAGUUUCAGACUUUGGGCCCACAGAACUCUGGAACUCACUGCACACUGAAAGAACUGGAGAACUGUAGAUCAUAUCUGAUGGCCUCACACUGAAGUCCUGACGGGCGACUGGUAGGCAGCCUGUCCCCUCUGGUGUUCCCAAACAAACCUCAACAAACAGCCUGAUCUCUGGCCCAGUUAUGAAAAAAGAAAAAAAAGAGAGGCAUGUGCAGAGAGUUAAAGAGAGGAUGGUUUGAAGCUGUAUAAAAAACUGAAACGACAAAACAGGAAAAUGGCACAGCUACAGACAGGAAACAGGAAGUGGAGCAAAUGAGGGCAGUUUUUUGAGAAAACAAAAGUAAAGGUAACUGCCCCGGAGGAAUGAAACUGGAUGGUCUGAGAGCUGCAACGGUUCUCGCUACAGUAGAGUAAUUUCCCAGCAGUUACAAGAAAUGCAACCGAGUCUGAUUCAGCCUGCGGAAAAGGACAAGUGGUACCUUUUCGUGUGAUAUCAGAACACAGAAGGGUCAGACAGAUAGAAACACACAUCGUGACCGCAUGAUCGUAGUCUCUCUGUGGCUGCGUCUCCCCGUGACCAUGUUCCUUCAGGACACUCAGGGCUGGACCUUGCAGUUGUACUUGGUCAUUCGUUACUGAGGAGGAGGAAGAGGAAGAAGAAGAGGGGGAAGAGCAGUGUAAAAGGAACUGAACGUUUGGCAGAACUUCCCUCAAUUCAUGACCCAAAGAAUGUCGACUUCCACGGGCAAACGUUCAGAAAGAGGAAUUAAACCAUCGAAAGCUCAAAAUAAAGACCACAAAAAGCCCACAGCAGGCGCCCUGAAAGGAGCCAUCCAGCUGGGAAUCGGCUACGCUGUGGGAAACCUGAGCUCCAAACCAGACAGAGAUGUUCUCAUGCAGGACUUCUCUGUGGUAGAGACGGUCUUCCUGCCCAGUGAUGGCAGCAACCUGACUCCUGCACAUCACUUCCCAGAUUUCCGGUUGAAGACUUACGCUCCACUGGCCUUCAGAUACUUCAGAGAACUGUUUGGCAUCAAACCUGACGACUACCUGUACUCCAUCUGUAAGGAGCCUCUGAUCGAACUGACCAACCCUGGAGCCAGCAGUUCCUGGUUCUACCUAACCAGUGAUGAUGAGUUCAUCAUUAAGACGGUGCAGCACAAGGAGGCAGAGUUUUUGCAGAAGCUGCUGCCUGGUUACUACAUGAACCUAAACCAGAAUCCUAGAACGUUGCUUCCAAAGUUCUACGGUCUGUACUGCAUCCAAUUCGGUGGCACCACUGUCCGUGUGGUGGUGAUGAACAACGUGCUGCCACGGGCCAUGAAGAUGCACUACAAGUACGACCUGAAAGGCUCCUCCUACAAGAGGCGAGCGUCACGCAAAGAGCGAGUCAAGUCCUCCCCCACCUUCAAAGACCUGGACUUCCAGGAGAUGCACGAGGGUUUGCACUUUGAUGCCGACACCUACAAUGCCAUGAUGAAGACUCUGCAGAGGGACUGUAGGGUCUUAGAGAGCUUCAAGAUCAUGGACUACAGUCUUCUUCUGGGGAUCCACGUCCUGGAUCGUAAACCUCUGAGCAGAGGAGGCCGCUGUGACAGCAGGAAAGGACAAAAGGUUCUCUACUCCACCGCGCUGGAGUCCAUCCAGGGGGACGUAAGGGACCCAGGACCUGUGGCCGAUGACGACACAUUGGGCGGGAUUCCUGCCAGACAUAAGGACGAGAGUCUGCUGAUCUUUUUAGGAAUCAUCGACAUCCUUCAGUCCUACAGGUUCAUAAAGAAGGUGGAACAUUCCUGGAAAGCACUGGUCCAUGAUGGGGACACAGUGUCAGUCCACAGACCCAGUUUCUAUGCCGAUCGGUUCCUGAGGUUCAUGGGCACCACUGUGUUCAAGAGGAUUCACCCUCUGAGAGGCGCAUCCUCAAAGAAGAAGAAGAAUUCUCUGCACGCAGCCAAGUCGGCCUCUCAGGAGGUUCUGUCCACAUCAAGGGAGGAGAAGGAGCAGAAGAAGAAGGAGAAAAAGGCACAGAGCAUGGAACACCUGGAUGGAAACCUUUUCAUCUCUUCCAAACAACCUGAUCUCCUGCCAGCAUCUGUCGUCACCUUAACGUCCAACUCUGUUGGCGCAGAAAGCAGUGAAGACAGACGUGAUUCCAGUUCAACCGUGGCUCUUGACGACCCCCUGCUGGCCAUGAGCAGAAGUCCGUCAGAUCAUGAACUGGACGUCUACUUGUGAGAAGAAAUCAGAGGCUUUCGUCUUUUCAGCCCCUCAGUAUGACCGACAUCUGACCCACAGUGUCGGCGUGGGGAUCACACUACCAGUCUGCCUCUUCACACACUCUGCUGCUAAUCUAACAGAAAU